AUGAUUGAAAAAGCACCAGAUAGUGCAGAAACACUUAUUUCAGAAAUUGAUUCAACAUUUUCAGCUUUACAAUAUCUUGGAUGUGAUUUUAAAAAAUCAUUAAAUAUAUCAAGUUCAUCAGAUAUUGAUCGAGAAUUAAAAUAUAUGGCUAGUUCAGUAGAAACUAUUCGAGAUAGUCUUGAUCGAGCAAAAAGAUCUUAUGAAGAAAAUGAAACUAUUCGAGAUCGUAUUGAAAAAAUAUUAAAUAAAGUCAAAACUUUUACAAAUCUUCAAGAACAAGAAAAAUUACGUCAAAAUGCUUGUACAAUUUUAUCAAUAAUUCAACGUACGAAAGUUCAACUUAUUGAAUUACGUCCAACAAUAAAUGAUGAAACUGAUCAAAAACUUAAAAAAAUUGAUGAUGAUUUAACAACAAAUUAUGAAUUAUUUGAACAAUCAUUAAAUAAUUAUAAACGUGUAUAUGGAAAUAUAUCGGAUGAUUUAGAUAAAAUGAUUACACAAUUAAAUGCUUAUAAUACAAUACGUGAUGAAUAUGAAAAUCUUAUGGAAAAUACAUUAAAAAUAAUUCAAAUAAUUGAAACUAAAACACAACAAUCAUAUGGUAUUGAUCUUCGACAAAAUUUAGAUUUAUUAAAAGAUUUAACAAAUGAAAUGCAAACACAUCGUUCAUUAAUCGAUCGUUUACAAUUACUUUCAUCAACAUUAUCAUCACAAUUAAUUGAUAAAAAUGAACGUGAACGUGUAAGACGUCGUCUUAAUGAAAUAAUACGUCGAUGGGCACAACUUGAACAAGAUUUAAUGAGUGAAGAAGAAAAUAUGGAAGAAAUAAAAAAUCUUACAGAAUUAUAUCAUUAUAUUAAUAUAAAUUGUGAACAAUGGUUAAAACAAACACGAAUAUUAAUUAAUGAUUUAACUAAUAGAAGAAAUGUUGAAACAUUUGAUCAACUUAUUCCAAAAGGAAAAAAAUACUUUAUUUGA